CAGACUUUAGAGAAACAUCAACUUGUCACGCAUUCGCAGACACCCCCGCAUGUAAUACGUAUCAUUUUUCUGUCUCCUGUCUUGUUCGACCGAUGUACCGAUCAGAAACCUAACAGAAUCAGCUGUCCGAAAAAUUCAAAAGUCCCUUCAAAUUCAAUCCCAGAUAUUAUUCAACUGAAGUUGAUGAAUGGACACUGAUUCGGGUAGAGAUUUAAUAAGUGAUUUGCCCCAAAGUAUCAUAGAAACCAUCCUCAUAAAACUUCCAUUACUAGAUGCUGUAAGGACAAGCGUAUUGUCAAGGAAAUGGAGAUACAAGUGGGCAACCAUUACGGAGCUUGUUUUUAAUGACACAUGUCUGAUUCCUUGCCAGGACAAAGCAAUUAUCAGUUGCAAUCUUGUAAAUUUCAUUACUCGUUGUCUGUUUCUUCAUGACGGACCAAUUCACAAAUUUGAAUUGAAUACUUCCUACUCACCAACUUCUCCUGAUUUAGAUCAAUGGCUACUUUUCCUUUCGCGUAAAAAUAUUAAAGAGUUGAUUAUUGAUAUAGGAGAAGAUGACUGGUUUAGAGCACCUUCUUGUCUGUUCUUUUGUCCGAAGUUGACUCAUUUGGUGCUUGUUCGAUGUGAAUUAAACCCUCCUCCAAAUUUCAAAGGCUUCUUGUCUUUGAAGCACCUUAGCCUGCAGCAAGUUAUCAUUCCUCCACAUGAUAUUGAAGGUCUGAUCUCGAGUUGCCCUCUUCUUGAGAGCUUGACUUUGUCAUAUUUUGACAGUUUGGAGCUUACUAUUCGAGCUCCAAAUCUCAAAUAUUUGAAUUUGGAAGGUGAAUUUAAGGAUAUACGCCUUGAGAACACCCCACAUUUGAUCGGCAUUUCAGUUGCUAUGUAUAUGACUGAUGAUAUAGCUGAGCACUUUGAACAAAGCUCAGGUUGCAAUUUUGACAAGUUUCUUGGUUGUGUUCCUCGCCUUGAGAGGCUUAUUGGCCAUAUUUACUUCACUAAAUAUUUGAGUAUAGGUAAUGAGCAAGGAAGCUUUCCCGUUAUGUAUCAAAAUCUGAAGUUCAUUGAACUGUACCAAGUUAGUUUUGAAGACAUGAAAGAGUUACUUGUUGUGCUUCGCUUGAUUGUGAGCUCCCCUAAUCUAGAAGAGCUUCAGAUAUCAAGUUCCUCAAUCACAACUACAACUGAUAUUUAUGAUCUGGACUUUUGGGAGAAAGACUGGCCUGCUGACUGUACUUUCGGUAAACUGAAGAUUGUCCAGAUGUCUGAUUUCUCUGGUCUGCCGCAUGAAAUAGCAUUUAUCAAAUUCUUACUUGGACAUUCGCCUGUGCUUGAACAAAUGAUUGUUGCUCCUACUAUAUAUGUCACGGAUAAAGUGGUGAAAAUGUUGAUUGAUUUGUUAACUUUUCGACGGGCUUCUCCUUUAGCUACAGUCAAAUUUGUUCAAGAGCCAUUAUAGGUUCAUGUACAAGAUGUAUGUUCUUUCCCUCUUUGUUGCUCUAUUCCUUUCUUUUUCCCCCUAUAGCAAAGAAAAUUGAUCUGGAAGUCUUUACCAGAACCAGUAGCAUGAUAUGUGUAGUUCACAACUUUUUUCUUUAUGGAUAUCAUACUAGAUAUUUUGAUUAUU